AAAAGGAAGGGCGAUAACAUCCUAGGAGUGUACUUCUUUUCCCCCAUGGCCCGACAAGGAAACGGACAUCGCCCGGACGCGGUGAUCGACAUCUCGAGGUCGCCGCUGCCCACGGCUGUGAACUUCACCGGCGGGCUGGAGUUCACAGGCCUGACCUACACGGUGGUCAAGAAGCAGAAGAUUGAUGGGAGCUGGGUCAAGAGGGAUGUGGACCUGCUCCACCACAUCACGGGCUAUGCACCAAAGGGCUGCAUCACGGCUGUAAUGGGCCCCAGUGGAGCUGGGAAGUCCACGUUCCUUGAUGGGCUCGCGGGGCAGAUCACGAGCGGGAGCCUCAAGGGUAGGGUCUCCCUGGAUGGUUUGGAGGUUAGUCCGAGCCUCAUCAAGAGGACCUCGGCCUAUAUAAUGCAGGAUGACCGGCUUUUCCCGAUGCUCACAGUGUAUGAGACGCUCAUGUUUGCAGCAGAUUUUCGACUGGGCCAGAUCCCGACGGCCGAUAAGAGGCAGCGCGUGGAGCAGUUGAUUGAGCAGCUUGGGUUAUCAUCGACCCGAAACACCUACAUAGGAGACGAGGGCACACGAGGUGUGUCAGGAGGGGAGCGAAGGAGGGUCUCGAUUGGGGUUGACAUCAUUCACGGUCCAUCCCUGCUAUUCCUCGACGAGCCAACCUCAGGGUUGGACUCCACGAGCGCCUACAGUGUGAUCGAGAAGGUUCAGGACAUCGCCCGCUCGGGCAGCACCGUGAUCCUCACUAUCCACCAGCCUUCAGCAAGAAUCCAGCUCCUGCUGGACCACCUCAUCAUCCUGGCCAGGGGCCAGCUCAUGUUCCAGGGAUCCCCGAAGGACGUGACGCUCCACUUGCGACGUAUGGGCCGCAAGGUUCCGAAGGGAGAGAACUCGAUUGAGUACCUCAUAGAUCUGAUCCAAGAAUACGAUCAAUCAGAGUACGGGGUCGAGGUUGUGGCAGAUUUUGCCCGCACUGGAAUGAAGCCCCCAGCACUGUCCGAUGAGCAGAAAUCCCUCUCAACAGUUGCACCAACCAUAACUCCAAAACCUGAGGGCAGAAACCACCGGCAAGUCCCCAGUCAUGUAGGUCACCAGGGGAGACGGCUCCCCCUAGAAACAAGCGUGCAGUACUCGGUCAAUGAUUUUGACCGCAGUGUGAGGAGUUCGUACAACAACACGCCGAGGUCUUGGACUCCGAGCCACAGUGGAAUCAUGCAAGCCCUGAGGCUCACCCCGACUAGGCAGAAGAAUGAUGGAAAAAUGCAACAAGCAAUGAGUUCAUCCCCGAGUAAUUACUAUGUGCGCUCGAGCGAGAUCUUACAGGGGACGCCAACACCCCACAGUAGUGACUACACAGUGAACGAGAACGAUUACCUGACCCCUGGGGCAGGCGCCCAGAACAGGGAUGGGCCCAACAACUACCAGCAUCAGCUGGGCCCCAAGUUUGCCAACUCCUUCUUCCCGGAGACCUGGAUGCUGAUGCGCCGGAACUUCAAGAACAUCCAGCGGACCCCUGAGCUCUUCCUUUCAAGGCUUGUGGUCCUCACUGUCAUGGGCGUCAUGAUGGCCACGAUGUUCACCCAUCCGAAGGAGACCACCCAGGGCAUCACUAACCGUUUAAGUUUUUUCAUCUUCACUGUCUGCCUGUUCUUCUUCUCCUCCAAUGAUGCAGUCCCCGCCUUCAUUCAGGAGCGCUUCAUCUUUAUCCGAGAAACCUCACAUAAUGCUUAUAGGGCCUCCUCCUACACCAUUGCUGGUCUGAUCACUUACCUACCCUUCCUUGCUCUCCAGGCUGCAGUCUAUGCCGGGAUUGUCUGGAAGGCCCUGGACCUGCAGGGGCCUUUCCUCUACUUCCUCCUCGUCCUCUACAUCUCCCUUCUCUCCACCAAUUCCUUUGUAGUUUUUGUGAGCGCUGUGGUACCAAACUACAUUCUGGGUUAUGCAGCAGUUAUUGCCUUCACUGCUCUCUUCUUCCUCUUCUGCGGGUACUUCCUGAAUAGCCACGAUAUUCCACAGUACUGGAAGUGGAUGAACAAGAUAUCCACCAUGACAUACCCUUAUGAGGCGCUACUGAUGAACCAAUAUCAAACUAGCGAUCGAUUCGGGAGCAACCAAGCUGGAGGCAAUAUUACGGGGAAUGAUAUCUUAAAGGGGCUCCAUAUAUCAACACGAGGAUCCGACAAGUGGAAGAAUGUGUAUAUAAUGUUGGGUUGGGCAGUCCUAUACCGCAUCCUUUUCUACAUAAUUCUUCGUUUUGCUUCAAAGAACAAGAGGACAUGAAGGAAGAUCAUCAAGGGAAAGGGGGUGGGUUCACGAGCUUCUGGAAUUAUAUAUAUUUUUUGUUUACUACUAUGUUAAAUGUCUCUAGUAGUUUUCCAAUACCAAAUAGGGUUAAUAUGAAACUAGCAGAUGGAUGUAGAACUUAUUUUAAGAUACGUGAUGACAAUGACUUAACAGCAGCAAGCCCAUUGAUAAGGAAUAUGUACAAGCAAAAUGUGU